AUGGAUGAGUGGGGCCUGGGUUCUUCUCUAAUACGUUUUUUUCCUACAAUUGCCAUCUUGGUAACAUUCAUCCACUGCUCCAAUGGAGUUCCCUGGACACAAGAAAAGUUUCAUCACCAAGCAGUUACACUAACACCUGAUGAAGUCCGGACAGCCUUGUCGCACACAGACCUGACACAGAUGUGGCAGAGGGACCUGGGGCCGUUGCUUGUUGCCAGGUAUCCAGGCUCUCCGGGCAGCCAGGCUGUGCAGCAACAUAUCAAAACAACACUGAAAUCCCUGGGAGCCGGCUGGGAAGUGACAGAGGAUAGGUUCAUUUCACAAACACCUUAUGGACCACUUCCCUUCACCAACCUCAUUGCCACCCUCAACCCAUCAGCCAUGCGCCGCCUAGUCCUGGCCUGUCACUACGACUCCAAAUACUACGCGCCGCAAUGGCACGGUAUAGAGUUUCUAGGUGCCACUGAUUCCGCUGUGCCCUGUGCUAUGAUGCUGGAGCUGGCAAGAGCCCUAGAUGGGGAGCUGAAAACUCAAAAGGCCUCCUUCGCCAACCUGACCUUGCAAUUGAUUUUCUUCGAUGGUGAGGAAGCUUUCAUCCACUGGAGCCCUCUUGACUCUUUGUAUGGCUCCCGUCACUUAGCACACAAGAUGGAAAACACCCCUCAUCCUUCAGAAGACAAAGACACCAAUCAACUGGAUGGCAUAGAUAUGUUUGUAUUAUUGGACCUGAUCGGAAGCCCGAGCCCACGCUUUGGUAACCACUUCCCAGCAACAACGUACUGGCUCUCCCGGCUGCAGAGCAUAGAAAAACGUCUCCACUUCAUGAAUCAACUUGAAAAUCAUCCGGACAGUGUUGAAUAUUUCUGGCCAGAUCGACAUGCUAGCUCCAUUGAUGAUGAUCACGUACCAUUCCUGAGCAGAGGUGUCCGCAUUCUUCAUCUCAUUCCCUCUCCUUUCCCCGUUGUGUGGCACACAUUUAAUGACAAUGAGCAGAACUUGGACCGCCCCACCAUCGCAAACCUCAACAAGAUUUUACAGAUCUUUGUCCUGGAGUAUCUUAAUAUCCGCCCUGUGAAUACCACAGAUGAAGUGGCAUCUAAGUAA